GAGAGAGUUAAUUAGAGUGAGUAAGCCACAGUAUCUGGGUACAUCUUUCUUUUUAGCAUGUCAACAUCAAGUCCUUUCCGUGUCGCUUCCAAAAUCGUAACUGCGGGAUGCCUGUGUUUGCCACUAUUCCAGCGAGUGCUCUCGGAUCUAUCCUGUGAAGAAAAUGAAAUGUGUGUAAAUUAUGACGAGCGAUAUCCUGAUGGCUGGUAUAUCUGGUUCUUCUUGCUGAUUUUCUUAGUGGUUCUCCUUUGUGGAGUAGUGCUUUUCUGUCUUCAGUGCUGGCUGAAAAGGUGCGGAAUCAAUCCUCCCAGACGCACCAUGGCUGUUUUUGCUGUUGGAGACUUGGAUCCUGUUUAUGGUGCAGAAAUGGCUGGAAGUCCAACAUCUGGAAUCUGCCAUCCUACUCAAAACACUGAACUGUGCUCUGCUCCCUGCUUUGGUGCUUUAGGUCCUCCACCGCCAUAUGAAGAAAUUCUAAAAGCAAACUGAUUUUAUCCAGAUGCAGCAGCUAUAUUUGUAUAUACAGUGAAUUUUAGGCACAAUUCUUUGGCUUAGUUGAAAUUCCUGGAGACCUGCUGUAGAAACAAGCAGACAAAAGAGUGGAGGGGAUGGCAGGAAGAAACACUGGCCCUAGUGAUGUUUUAGUGAGCGAGCAGUCUCUGGAGCAUUGCUUUGUUACACUUUUAGACUAGAUAACUUGGCAUUUUAGUUCUUAAGGAGGCAGAAAUAGGUGCAAACACUUGCAUUAGUUUGACCUCCCACUGUCUUCCACAUGAUAUUUGAUGCCCUGACAUCUCCAUCUUCAUUCAGCCUCUACUAGAGAGUCAGUGUAAAAUAAAUAAUUUAACAGUGGCUCACACAUAGAUUUGGGUGUGGCUAGAGGGAGAAUAUUUGAGUUGAAUUUGAAAUGAAAGAAGAGGAAGAAAAUCCUAUUUGAAAUUGAUGGAGGAAAAUAAAUGAAAAGGAAGAGGAAAGAUCACAAGACUCAAUACGAGAACUUUUAUUCCCCACUGGAGCAGAGAGAAAGUGCACCAGGAAGCAGAAGAUGCCAAAGAUAUAAACUGUAGGUAAUGAUGCUGUGUGGAGAGUGGGGGAAGGGUCUCAUUGUCCUUGUGGAAUGUGAUCUCUAGAGCCUAGUCUUUCCCAGGUUCCUCAGGAUUUGCAUUUAUUGAAACAACAUAAGAAGAAAUUCUGUUUUAGAUGCUGCUUAACCAAGGCAAGGACAACAUUUAAUUGGGGCUGGAUUACAGGUUCAAAGGUUCAAACAAUUAUCAUCAAGGCAGGAAUGUAGAAUGACCAGGCAGGCAUGGUACAGGAGCUAAGACUUCUACAUCUUCAUCUGAAGGCUACUUUCAGAAUUGGCUUCCAGGCAGCUAGGAAGCCCAUACCUACAGUGACACACCUAAUCCAACAAGACCACACCUACUUCAACAUGGCCACACCUUCUAUUAGUGCCACUCCUUGGUCUGAGCACAGAUAACCCAUAACAGAUGCCCUUUUUCAGCUUGAAGUCUCUGACAGAAGUAGCAAUGAGAGAU